CAUCCACGCUGGCGUGAAUUGUGUUGUUACUUGCCAGUUGCUUGAGUGUCAGUCGUGCCAAAACCAGAUUAGACCAAAGUUGGACGUCUCUUGAUUUCGUUGCACCAAAAGGACAAGAUAUGGACCAAAUCUCUAAAGUAAUCGAACCCAGCAGGCAGUUCGCUAAGGAUUCGCUCAGGCUCGUCAAAAGGUGCACGAAACCCGACAGAAAAGAAUUUCAAAAGAUUGCUCUGGCCACUGCUAUUGGAUUUUCCAUUAUGGGAUUCAUCGGCUUUUUUGUCAAACUCAUCCACAUCCCAAUUAACAACAUCAUUGUGGGAUCAUAAAAUACCUAUAUUCAUCAUUUACAGACUACCGUGUUUAAUAGAUUAAAUUCAUUUUGUUUUUGAUUUUUAUAUAUUUAUUGCCCAAUAAAUUUAUAUUUGUACACUUA